AUGCUGCCGCUCAAGCCCUUCCCGCUGGAGCUCGUCUACAGGCACGACCUCGAAGGCGUCGACCUGACCGCCUGGGAAGAAGAGCACAACAACACCCUCCCCGAUCUGAAACCGAUCUACAUCGACGUGAACCACUACCCGCUCGCCAGCGAAUGGUCUUGUUUCGCUGAGGAGGAACAUAUCGAUAAAGACCAUGUGCCGCACAUUCAACUGGCAAGAUACGGACACGAGCUCUUCUUGGAAAGCCACGUUGAAGACAUGGAGAACAAGUCCAGGCUGCUUACCGAAUGCUGGCAAAAGUAUUUGUACUGGCUGCGCAUGUCGCUGAUGAGAGUCGAGAGGUUGCCAGCGCCCGGGCAGAUUCUGACAACGGCCGAGGGCUUCACAAUAGAGCGCGAUAUCCUGGACACGUGGGCAUGGGGGCGAGAGAAAUCAUACGAGGAUGUUUACCAAGAGGUCAUAGACGGGAAUAUGUUUCCCGAGUACUGGGAGAGAGCCUUGUAUGAGGUUUUCACGUACUGGGUGCAAUUCAAGCGAGCGAAGGCCGGCUAUCGUUAUCUCAUCGACAAAUGGAUGAGUUGGGACUCGAACUUGAUCCAUUACCGAAGUUCAAUGACAUGGCAGAUCUUAUCGGGAACCAUUGGUUCUGGGGUGGUUGGGGGAUUGAUUGAUCAUCAAUUGGGAACCGCCUGGAGUACGACGAGAUGCUAUGUAUGA